UUUAGGGCACGGCGCCUUCGAACUAAAUCACAAGGACGACCAUGGCCGCGCUUCGCUGCUUCUCCAGGAAUUCUCUUGACAGGGUCAAUGAUCGGGGCCGGCUCGAGCAGUAAUCCAUCAUCCAUCCCGGGCAAGGGAGAAAUUUCGAGAUGUCCUCUCCUCCUCCCUCGAAUUCUCGCGCCAGCAGCUCUGGCGGCCACUCGAUCCCCGUGAUUGUGGGACUCUCCCUCGCUGCCGCGGCCGGCCUACUGUUCUUGAUCACUGUAGUCGCCUGUGUGCUGUCGAGGAGGAAGGGCAAGGCCAAAUCGCGGAGUGUUCCGGAGCUCCGCGAGCCAGCAGCACCCAUUCGCAUGAAUGGGCUCGAUUCUAGCACCAUUCUCUCCGAUCAAUUCAGCACCAAUCACGACCACCACGCGGUGGAGCUCUGGCAUCCCAAACCAGCAACCGUCUUCCAUCCCGGCAUUACAAAGUUUUCUUACAAGGAGAUCCAAAGGGCUACCAAAAACUUUACAACUCUAGUGGGAAGUGGGGCAUUUGGUCCUGUUUACAAGGCAACGCCAUCUCCAUCUUCUCCAACUCGUUUAGCUGUGAAGGUUCUUUCUUCCACUUCCAAGCAAGGAGAGAGAGAGUUUCAAACCGAGGUGAGCUUGCUAGGACGAUUGCAUCACAAAAACCUCGUAAACUUAGUCGGCUACUGUACCGAUCGCCGAGAACGUAUGCUCGUCUAUGAGUAUAUGAGCAACGGGAGUUUGGAAAAACUACUGUACAAUGACAAGAGGGAAGCUUUGAGCUGGUCUGAGCGAGUGCAAAUCGCGAAGGACGUUUCUCGGGGCAUUGAGUAUCUGCACGACGGGGCAGUUCCACCAGUGAUCCAUAGAGAUAUCAAGUCCGCUAACAUUCUUCUAGACAAUUCAAUGACAGCCCGGGUAGCAGAUUUUGGACUUUCCAAGGAAGUGAGUCCAGUAGUCCCAACCUCGGGAAUCAAAGGCACAUUUGGCUACACCGAUCCCGAGUACAUCUUCACCAAAGUUUUCAACGAGAAGAGCGAUGUCUACAGCUUUGGAGUUCUUCUGUUCGAGCUCAUGUCAGGCAGGCAUCCACAGCACGGCCUCAUGGACUACGUCCAAAUGGCCUCCCUGGGUGUGGACGAAGAAAACUCCGACUGGAUCGAGCUGCUGGACUCCCGACUAAACGGGAAUUGCAACCUCCAAGAGCUGGCGAAACUGGCCUCCAUCGCCCAUCGCUGCGUGAGGAAAGAUCCAGAGACGCGGCCGCCGAUGCGUGAGAUUGUACAGUGGUUGUCGCGGUUUGGAAUGAAGCACAGCAUUUCGAUGGUGAUCUAGUUGCCUCAAAUGCUACAAAUCUUUUUCUCUCGAUGGAAAACUUCUCAAAAUUUGAAAUUUUGUA